UCAGAUUCUCAGCUUCCGUUUUAGUCGCUAUUAAAUCCUUAAGACAAUCAACGCCGCAACGUAAGACGCGCUUCUUGCCUUGUCGCUCCCCACAUUCUACGUCGAGCGACCACGCAUUAGGCAAGCCUCCUUCUACACCAUUUAUGAAGACCUCGCAGCAUGUAAAAGACACAUUAUCCGGGUGGCUUCUCACGUCGAUUGUGGUGGAGCUAUGAACAAUGUUCCCACCCCGACCACGCCGGCGGACCCUCAUCGUAUAUCUCACGGUCUUCAAGAGGACGACGCCGACGGCCCAGCACAGUCCGCCGUGUCCGAGCAAAACCGUGAUGGCAGCGCCACCACGCAAAACCCAUCACUCUCCCAGGCGGCGAAGGAAGGCCUUACGAAGAAGUUGCAGUUCAUGAUACAUCUUAGUAUUAGCUUGGAUACUCUGGUCUAUGCUGAGCUAUGUGCGCUGUACUAUAUGGACUGUUCUUUUUUCCGAUUGAUGAUACGAUGGGUACCACAAGCCCUAUUUAUUAGUCCUAAGGCCGAGGACACUAUUCUUAUUAUACCUAAUUAUCACGUUUCCGCGAUCAUCGGUCCAAAUUUCCUUUGCACCCUGAUGCAUCUUAUCGCCUCUCUACCCGAAGCAGGCGAAGCCUCGCGAGGCUACCUCCAUGGUGGCAUACUAUUCGACUUCAUCGGCCAGAAGGCGCCAUCGUCCAAGUUUUCGCUCCUAUUGUUGGAUCUUCUGAUAUUUGGACUGCAGUGCGUCAUGCUGACCGUAAAUAUGGAAAAGGAGAGAGUACGUAAAGCGUUGAAGCCGCCGACACUGCUCGAUAAUUCCGAUCUUUCCACGACAACGAGCUCUUCAAGCCAGGACUACGACGCAGAAGAGCGGGGGGUUUUGAGGGAUGCGCCAAUCGUGGAUGAGACCCACGACAUUGAAAUGCAAUCAUUAGGAAGUGGAAAUGGUGGCCAUCAACACAACGUAGAAGAGAGAGUUGGGUUACUAAGACGGACAACUACCCCUACAGACAAUCUUGAAAGUCUAGCUGAUACAUUGAGAUCUGGGAAUGCUGUUCUGGCCAAUUUUAACGUUCGGCAGUCACUUCGGACUGCUUGGCACAACCGGGCGAAUUCGCCUGAAAGCGCGGCUGCUUAUGCUAUACAGAAUGUCGGAUAUAAUGCGACGUUGGCGGCUUUGGCAGCGCAGAGGAGAGCGAGACUAGCAGCGACACAGCCGAGGCAGCCAUAAAAUAGCCAUUUGAGAUCGUUGUACAAAUUUAAAAGGAUAUCAUAUUAUUACGCAAUCUUCCUUCCUACGUUACCGACUCCAGUCCCCUUCAC